AUGACGACCCCAAAGCGGCGUGAAGUAAGCCAUGGGUCGCCAGCAGUGGGAGGCGGCAUAGUCUACUCCAGCCCCAAUUCAACGCGUCUUCUACCGGCCUCGAGGCUCAGAGGCUGUUCAGUGAGAGGGCGUAACGGCGUCGACGACAAGCACGACGACGAGCAAUCGCUGCCGGCGACAUGGCAACAGCAACCGCUCGCCCCUCUGGCCCCAAAAUCCAUAGCCGUCGUAGGAACAGGGAGUGCAGGGCUCGCGGCUGUCAAGGCCAUCCUCGACUUGCCGCUUGACAUACGCACCGGCUGGGAAAUCGUGGCGUACGAGCGAACGCGCGAUGUAGGCGGAGUGUGGCUGCAGGAGCCGAACGGACCUCCUUCACCUCCCGAGCUGCCCGACACCCCGCUUUACCCUCGUCUGCACACGAACACUCCCGUUCCGGACAUGACGUAUCCCGGCUUUCCGUAUCCGCCGCUCACACCGCUCUUUCCUCCGCACGAGUACGUGCAGAGGUAUCAUGCGGCCUAUGCAGACGCCCAUGGCGUGCGUGAGCACAUACGGUUCAAUCAUACCGUCAUCGCCGCGGAUUGGAUAGGUACGGCCGACGCUGGGCACUGGGAUCUCACCGUUCGCGACGAGAACGAGGGUGCGCUCAAGCGCAGUCGCGUCGACCAUCUAAUCGUAGCUACCGGCCACAACCACUAUCCUCGUGUGCCUCAGUGGAACGGCACUUCGGAGUGGUUAGCCCACACCCCGUGUGGGAAACCAUCGCGAAGCAUCAUUCACUCGAUUUACUACCGCGAGCCUGAAAAAUACGCGGGACGCUCCGUUCUCGUCGUAGGUGGAGGCGCCAGCGGAAGGGACGCUGCCGGCCAGAUAGUGCUCUACGCGAACCAUGUUUACCAAUCACUCAAACCGGGUCAAGUUCCUACUGCUGAGGGAAUCACCCUCCUACCAGUCAUCUCCCACUUUACGGAAGAUGAAAUCGUCUUCGUGGACGGCACGUCCAUUUCGUCUAUCGAUAGCGUCAUCCUUGCAACGGGCUAUGAGAUCCAUAUACCAUUCCUGAGUUCACCGCAUUCAUCCACCCUCCUGGAAAUCCCUCCUCCGACACGCGAGAACGCGACUGACGAAACACCCGCAUAUGGCGAGGCUGGUUUGACUGUGAACACUCGCUACAUCCGGCCUUUAUACGAGGAAAUAUUCAGUCUCUCCCCUGACCAUCCACCAACGGCGUUGGCCUUUGUCGGCCUUCCCGUUCCUAUUGCGAAUUGUCCUUCUGACUUCGCCCAGUCGCUUCUCAUAUCGCAUGCCAUUGCCGAUUCCUCCGUCUUACCAUCUCGAGAAACCAUGCUUCGUGCGCUUGAGAAACAUGAAGAGCGUAUUCGCGCCGUUGGCAUCAAUCCUUACUGGCAAGGACACCGUUUCGUCGAUCUGAUUGAAGACGGUCAGGACUAUCAGGACCGUCUUGUUGAAUACCUCAAAGCGAAGGGAAAGUUGGAGCAAGACGGAACGCCGUACGUGGAGAAGUGGAGGAGGUGGAUACGGGAAGAGGGUGUUGAUAUUCGGGCUGCAUGGAGCAAGGUUGAGGAGCUCGGAGAACAAGAUACGUGGCUCAAGGGAGUAAGGACCGAGGACGAGUGGGUAGACCUGCUGAAGAGGUUGGUAGACUGGUACAGCGAGGAGAACUCCGAUGAGCGUGUUACAUAA